AUGUCGAAACCAGCACAACGGGGUGCACGUAUGCCGGUUACAAAAAAGAAACAAGAUUGGGAUACUUCAACUGGUGAUUUUUCUCAACAUCGACUUAGUGAUGAUGAAGUGAUUGAUGAACUAAUGCAAAAAUCAAAUGGUGUUUCACAGUUGGGUCGUUCGGAUAAAUUUGUUCCCAAGAGCAGUUUGUUACGAAGUGGAAAAAAUCAUUUUACAAGUUUAGCGAAUAAUCGAAAUAAACGACAACGACCGACUUCUGCAAAAACACUGAAUUCGUCUCGAAAUUGGGAUCAGUCUGAAGAGGAUGCUUUGUCUGUUAGCUCGAGCGAUCACGAAGACAACGAAGUUGAAAACGAGCCUGUGCGUUUAAAACACUCAAAUGCAUCGAAAACUAAAAACUAUCAACGGCCGAGUUCGGCUUACCAUUAUUCGUUAAGUGAAAAUAAAUCUAUAACUGAUGGUGAACAUACAUCUAAACGUCUACAACAACCAAAUGUACCGACUCGCUCGACUAAUGUUUCUUGCAUGUCCGAUAUAUCAAAAACAGGAAAAACGACUAGUCAAUCAACGUCCGGCAAUCCGUUAACACCAUUACUUAAUCAGCUUUCAUCAAAUAUGUCAGAGCUGGAGUCAGUUACUGGAUUUAAGCCACUUCGAGAUGAUGGAACAAUUAGUCAGCCGAAUAUGUGUAGUACAGCUCUUAUAACCGCAUUGAUUUCUCUAACUGGACAUGUGAAGCAGUGUGUUAUCAUAUCUAAAAAUAAAUCUGGAUCAGAUUCAUACGCGUCAUCCACUUCAUCAUUUCGUCAAGAGAUGACAUCGUUCAAAGAACAAUUAGCUGUAGUAGCAAAAGCUCAACUUGAUUUUCAAAAAAAAAUAGAAAAUCAAAUAACCAUGCUCCAAACAAUGAUGCAAAGCGUUUGUCAGUUAGUCAAUAAUGAAAUAGCAACGAAAUCAAGAUCGUACGACGGACACCAACAGUAUUCCAAUACAAGUAAUAUUUCAACAAUGCAUCAUAUGAAUUCAUCUCGUCAACAACAAACGUUAGGUUUUGAUGCCAGUGAAUCACAUGACACUACACAAAACUGGAUGUCAACAAAGAUGAAAUUGAAUAAUAACAAUAGACAAACAACAAUAGUGCCAAAGAGAGAUAUUGAUAAACGAUUAACUCCAGCUUCAUCAGAUGAGCUAUUAUCAUAUGGCAACACAAUCAUGCAACGAAGAGAUAAUAGUUUGUAUUUGUUCAAAAUUUUAGUGCUAACUGUUUUGACAUUUGUUCUAAUAUUUGUAUUUUUAGUCACUAAUGAUUCUGCUCAUCGCAACACAUCUGCUAUGCUAUCUAAUCGUUCAACGUAUACGGAAGUAUUAGAUGCAUCGAAAAAGUUCACACGACCCACUUCAGCAUCUUCUAGUGAUCAAAUCAUAAAACAAACUUAUACAGUUACAACAAACAACAAUGGUCGAAAAAAUGAUGAACAAGAACUAAACUCUCACAUUCGGACAGCAAUGAUUAGUCCUGAUAUGCCUAGUUACGAUAUAUUUGAAUCUGGUUUACCUAAUCAACAACAAACAAUAAGAUAUCCACAGUCAUCCAAUAAUGAAACAAUAUUGGAAAAAAUUUUACAAGAACGUUUAUUAUUGGUACAGCAAAUUGCUGAGCUUAAUAAACAACAUGAAUCAACUCAAGAAGAACUGGCAAAUUUAGAAGCAAAUGCGUCGAACAAUGAUAAUAAUCACUGA